GCUCAACUUACCUCUGCCAUCAACAUGUCCUACACCUGCUCUUCUGGAAACUUCUCCUCCCGUUCCUGUGGAGAUCACCUGAACUACUACCCUUAUGUCUCCUGUGGCUCUUCCUACCCCCAGCAGCACCUAGUUCAGAGCACUAACUUCUACUCUCCCAGGACCUGCCCUCUGGGCUCCUCUCUCCACAGCGGCUAUCGUCAGAGCUGCUUCCGGCCCAUCGGAUGCCAGACUUCCCACGAGGUGCACAGCUCCUGCCAGCGGCCCUGCUACAGCUCCAGGGUCUCCAGCCUCUGCAGCCCCUGUAGGACCACAUAUGCUGGCUCUCAGGGCUUCGGGUCCAGCAGCUGUUUCUCUCUGGGCUACGGGUCUAGAGGCUCUUUCUCACUGAGCUGUGGAUCCAGCGGCUUGAGACCCCAGGGCUUCUCUUCACUGGGCUAUGGAUCUGGAUUCUGCCACCCAUCCUAUGUUCCCUAUAGAACCUGCCAGUCUCCUUGCUACAGACCAAGCUGCGGCACUGGGUCUGGAUUCCACUGA